UUCAGAUCUCUUAUCGAUUGUAUAUCGAAUACGCAUUCAGCCCUGGUCCGUAUACAGCCACGCGUCGUCGUGUCGUCACAUCGUCUGGGAAUUUGAGAAUCUUUAAGCCCAGCACAAUCGAAACAGGAUGCUCCCUCAAUUGCAUAACAGCAUUUUUGCAUAAGUGUGUGUGAGUGUCGACAAGCCAGGGAGGAAUCACACAAAUACAUACUAAUCGGCGGAAAGCUUCCCAUCUCGACUGGAUCUUCAAUUAAAAUUAUAAAUCAAAUUCGCUUAACGCUGCAUACAUAUUGCAUUUUCGUUGGUGUUAAAUGCAAAGAAAGUAAUUGUUUUAACAAUGCCGCAAAAUUGUUUGGUUGCAACCAUAUAUCGAUAGUUAACAGUAUUCGUUUAUGCAAACUUUACAUAACCACAAUCUCUGUUAUCGAUUGUUAGCGACGGUGAUUUGGAGCCAAUUUGCAGCAGCUGUUAGAUUCAAUUUCGAGCAUUCAAUGUUUUUCUUUCAACUUUAAGUGUCGGCUGAAUUUGUGUUAUUUAUAGGAUAUUGCAAGAACAACUCAAUGUUUUGAUUUUGUUACAAAAACAGAAAGGAACGCCAUUGGUCCGGAAUAAUUAAUGCUUGCUGUUAAUAACAGUCCAGCAAACUGUUAAGUUAGAUGCCAAAACAAUAACAUAAAACUAACAGUGGCACAUUACAUAAACUCGCAGUAGUCAGUCAGUCGAGUGCGUCGAGUGAUAUGGCCGUGUUUUUGAUCAACAUCUGCAAAUUUAAUGGCUGUUUUAAAACCUUUCCAAGUCUAAGCGACUUAAUAUCACACAUUGAGGACACACACAUAGACUAUGAUCCUAAGGUGGUCGAGCAAAAGGAGCUGGCACAGCCCGCAUCGCUGCCGCUGAGCUAUGUGCUGCGCUUCAUCUCCGAUGAUGCUCGGAAGGAGGCUUCCACAUUUUUGUCCAACAGCAGCAACACCAAUAGCACCGCUACCAAUACCGGCAACAGCGGCAAUACGGGCAAUGCAGAGCUCAAGCGUAAGCUGGCUAUUAAGCAUCAUAGCUAUAGCAUGUCAUCGUCCAAUCGCAGCAAUACGCCCACAGGCAGUGAAAUGGAUGAGGAUGAAAUGGUUGUUACCGAAUCCGAAGACAGCAAUGACUCUUGGACCACCGAGGAGUUUAGCUCGGAGUUUAUAAUGCGUUAUGGCAGCAGGCAUUCCGGUGGCGGUAGCAAUGGUACCCCUGGAAAUGAGAAACCCUUUGCGUGUCCCGUGCCCGGCUGUAAGAAGCGCUACAAGAACGUGAAUGGUAUCAAAUACCAUUCGAAAAACGGACACAAGAAGGACGGCAGAGUGCGUAAGGGAUACAAGUGUCACUGCGGCAAGAGCUAUAAAACGGCACAGGGGCUGAAAAACCAUGCGCUGGUCACCCACAACACACAGCCGGAGAGCGUUCUCACCACACAGCAGCUGGCCAAUUUGGCAGCAGACACCGGUGAACCGGUGACUCGCUGCAAGCCAGCUGUCAGCAGCGGUCUGGCUGGAAGCAACACUGCCCCAAGCAACGGCCCCGGUCUGAUUCAGCGCAGCAACUCACCUUCACAGUCACUGGGCUCGCUGAGCCCCUCCAGCAGCAACAUGUCGAGCAGCACCAGCACUAGUGGUCUUGGUGCUGGCGGCAGCUUGGGUAGCAAUAGUUUGUCCAGCAAUGUUGCCGUUGCUGCUGCCAGCAACAUGUUGCAACAGCUAAGCAAUGGCAAUAUUGUGACUGUGACAAAUGUGCCGCAACAACAACAGCAGCAGCAGCAUCAUCAUCAACAAGCUCUGCCGCAGCAGCAACAUCAGCCGCAGCAGCAGCAAAUGAACAUCAACAUCCAGUCGCAAAACUCAACACCGACAACAACAACAACAGAAACCUCUUACUCCUGCUCAAACAUCACCAACAGCAACACUAGCAACAAUAGCAACAACAGCAGCGAUAGCAGCAAGCAAACUGCAACAGCAGCAACCGUGGCGACUGCAGCUAAGUACACCAGGCCCACAGCAGCAGCAGCAACGGCUGCGGCAGCGACAGCUACAACAACAGCUAGCAAGCCGUCGGUGACAACGCCUAUGCAAAUCUCGCCAACAUUUAUUGAGCACAAGUAUUCCGCCCUGGCCAUCAAAGAGAAAUUCUUCUCGAACCUGCGCGCCUCCAGAACCGCAUCAGCAUCGUCCAACGGUGACAAUUUGUCUGCAUCAUCUGCCAGCGUUGCAGAUGCAUCGCACACAGGGGGCAGCGGGCCAAACGCGGGCAACAUGUUGCGCGCUGUUGCUGUGGGCCAAAUGUGCGCGCUGCAGAACGAGCACAUUCAUCAAAAUCUCUUUAAGAAAACAAUCAAUUGAGAGAUUAGAUAGAGUUGAGUUGGCUGUGAUGAAGUAUGUUUAUGUGUGAAGCACUUGAGAAAUGCGGAGCAAGAGGAUUUGUCAAUAUGGCAGUUGAAGAAUAGGCAGAGAAGAAGACAAGGGCGCAAGAUUGUAGCAGUUUAAUAAUUUAUAAAA